AUGUCAGAAUCCCUUCCGUGGAACGAGGAUAAGCCUCUUAGUCUCUCCCAACUGUUAAAACAUUCUAUGCGAUCGGUUGAUACGCUUGUUUCAAACAACACUUUGCUUGACAAAAUGGCUAUCCAUUUAAAUGGUCUCUUGCGUCAAGAUGAAGAACCUCAGGUGGAUAAAGCUGUGCAGUUAUUUGAUAACAUGUUUUUGCAUGCUGAAAGAGCCAUGUCUUUAGACAGUGACAAGCAAGUCUUGAACGUUCUAAAACGCCAAGUCUCGAGCUUUAUUGGUGUUACACUCGGUGUCAAACCCUUUUUGGAAAAGCGGGAGCAUCAAGAAAGUCAAAUACUAGAAAAAGAAGAGGAGGAGGAAAGUGAAGAUGACGCCAAUGAUGAAAAACCAAACAAAUUAUCUUGGAACAAAGCAUCUCAAGGUGAGGCUAGUAGUUAUCAAGGCGCUGCUGGUUGGUCUGAAAAGAAGAAUUAUUAUGAGCAAAAUAAUAAGGAUAUCUAUAGUCCUGAACGUGCCGAACAUGAAAGACUUCGUAGGGAGUUGGAAGAAGAACAAUAUGGUCAUGGUGGCCAACACGGUGAGCAUGAAAGUGGUGAUGAGGAUGAAGAAGAGGAGGGGGAUGAUUCAGAUGAAUAUGAAGAGAUUGUUGAGCGAGUUGAAGUCAAAUCACGUGAAAUGGGAGGUGCAGGUGGCUUUACAGAAGUGCGUCGUCGUCAAAAGAAAAAGAAGACAAAGAAGUACAUUGAAACCAAUUUUAGCUACAGCCACACUUCUGGAGGUAAUCCUUAUGAAGGCGGAUGUGGUAAACCUUAUGAACAGCGUCCUCCCCGCCAUCAUAUUCAAGUAACUGAAUUCCAUCCUCGUUAUUUGGAGCGUCUACCAGAAGAAACCUUUUGUUUCCCUGUCUUUUUUCCUUCGGAAGACAGUUACCGUGCCUUUCACUCUGCUCUAUCCACUGCCAAGCAUACAUUGUAUGUUUGCGUUUUCUCAAUGACUGAUAAUGAUACAGCCGAUGUUUUAAGUGAUGCAAAGAGACGCGGUGUAGAUGUGAGAAUCAUUACUGAUAAUGAUCAAAUGGAUCCAACCAAGGGAGCUGAUGUAUAUCGUCUCAACGAAAGAGCAAAUAUUCCUUUCAAAUGUGAUGAUAGUGAGCAAUUCAUGCAUAACAAGUUUGCAGUCAUUGACAAUAAGAUUGUCAUUACUGGUAGUUUCAAUUGGUCUGCAGGUGCUCGUUACAAGAACCGCGAAAAUAUCAUCAUCACCAAUAUUCCCUCUGUGGUUAGAAGAUAUGCUGAUGAAUUUGAAAAAUUAUGGAGUUACUUUUAA